CAAAACGACCCCUAUAUUCUCAUAUAAUUACAGAACACCUCUCAUCUGGCCGGAGGAAUACUCACUAGCCGGAAAGUGUACUUCUCCGGCUGAUUUCCGCCCUUCGCAGAUGCAAUGUCCGUGCACAAGUUCACCGCCGUCACGUUGUGCGUGGAUAUCCGUAACGAAGACCUCUCUCUUCCCGGUGAUCUUCAGCUUCAUCAACUGCACGAAAAGCGAUCGAGAUCGAGAGGAGGUUUAAUUUAGACUCUGAGCGAGUCGGAAAGUACAGAUUUGGUAGAAAUUAAAUGCCGAUGAUGAAGAUUCAGCCGAUUGAUUCCAUACCAUCAUCGAUCCGUGGAGAUGCUGCGAGGCCGCUGCCUAAGUCGCGAAUUAGGAGGUUUUUUGAUCGACCUUUCACUAGCGCUCUGCGUAGCUCAUCGGCGUCGGAGAAAUCUGCCGCCGCAGCCGGAGGAGGAGUUGCAGUACCGUUCGGGAAAGAUGGAGCUCCUUCCGCCUCUGUGGAGUUUGAGCCUAGCUCUGUUUCCUUGGAUAAGAUGGUCCGGAGUUUCAUAGAGGAGAGCAAUGAGAGGCAGCCACCGUCUAAAAUCGGACGCAACCGCUGCAAUUGCUUCAACGGCAACGGCAGCGACAGCUCCGAUGAUGAAUUCGAUUUCGCAACCACCGGAUUUCCUGAUUUCCUCGCCAACUCUUCCUCCUUCGGCGACUCGUCUGAUAGCAUCAAGAACUUGAUUCCUUGUGUAAGUGUUGCGGAGAGGAAUCUCUUAGCCGACACCUCCAAAAUCAUCGAGAUGAACAAGGCUUGCAAACGCAAAGACGAUCUCCGGUUAAUCGUCGCCGAUGGCCUCUUAGCUCUCGGCUACAACGCUUCCAUCUGCAAAUCCAAAUGGGAAAAAACUUCAUCUGUUCCUGCCGGAGAAUAUGAGUGCGUGGAUGUGAUCAUUGAAGGAGAAAGAGUGAUGAUCGAUGUGGAUUUCCGAUCGGAAUUCGAGAUUGCGAGAUCAACCGGGAGCUAUAACGCCGUUCUUCAGUUGCUGCCGCUCAUAUUCGUCGGAAAAGGUGACCGUCUUCUGCAAAUCGUGUCGAUCAUGUCGGAGGCUGCGAGGCAGAGCUUGAAGAAGAAAGGUAUGCACAUCCCGCCCUGGCGCAAAGCUGAGUACAUGAAAGCAAAGUGGCUCAGCCCUUACACCCGAACUUAUCCUCCUCCGCCGUCUCCGCCUCCGCCUCCGACGGAGAAGACCGAACCAGAACCCGAACCUAACGCGGAAUCCGAAGCCAACGAGGCUGAGGCCACGGCUGGAGCUGAAGUUUUGAGCGAAGGAGGAGAGCUAGACCUGAUAUUUGGAGAGAAGACAACGUCGUUAGAGGCGUCACCGGUGAUUCCAUCACCCCCGGCUACACUUUCCGAGGCAUCUCCGUCGCAGAAACAGGCGGAGAUGAUGAUGUGGCAACCGCCGGCGAUAAAGCCCAAAAGUUGCGAAAGAGGCAGUCGGGUGGUGGUCCCCGGAUUGGCUUCCCUUCUCAAGGAGAAACCAUAAAGGAGGAAAUAAAUUUUGAUCCUUUCUUCUUCUUUUUUUCUUUUUUUUAAAUGAAAAAAUCUCCCGAGAUAAUUUUUACAAUUUUUUUUUCAAGUACAGAAUAUAUAUAUAUAAAUAUAAUUAUAAACCCUAUAUAGAGCUGGGGAGACUCAAUUAGACCACUUUUUUUCUUUUUGGUUUCAGCCCCUUCUUUUUUUGUAAGGGUUUUUUUGGUAAGAUGUAUGGAGCAAAAAUUCUUCAGGUGAGAGGGCAUUUUUGCGGUAAUAAAUUUUUUAGAUAAAA